AUGUCCAUACCUCCUCCAUUCAAUAUGAACUUCACGGACGGUUGGUACCCACCCUACCCUAGCCUACCCCCACCGGUGCAACUCGGAUACCCAACCAUCCUCCCACCACUGCAACCCGAAGACCCAAUCUUCCUAUCAACACUUCAGAACUGGACGUCACAAUCAAGGAUCCAGUCCCCACCAUCAAAAUCCCCAAACCAACCAAGCACAGACCCAGGCUCGGGCACUGUUACCCCAGCACCCAAGACUCACCCCACAGAGCCAACCAACUACGCAGACCUCCUACGGCUAUACCUGACUAUCAAAAAGGAUGUCUCAUUCAAGGUCACUCACCCCAAGCAAGAAAAACCCACAGCUCCGUGGGUCCUCCGCGCGCUGACGAUGCUUGACCACGCCGAGUGCGUGGCUGAAGCUCAUUUGGAUCUUAUAUCGUCGUCGGAUGGGGAGAUUCAGGCUUCACAGGAUCAGCAUAGUAAGAUGAGGGAUUCUGCUCCCUUUGUGUUGGUGGUUGGUUCGGUGAAGAAUAUGAUGAAAGUUAAUCGGCAUGAUGAGGAAGGCGUGAGGAUCUUGCAGGAGAGAGUGAAAGCCCUGGAGAAAUUUACUAUGGACAUGGACGCCUUGUCGCAGUGA